GAAUAGUCGUCACUCCCUUUCAUUUUCUAUAUUGUUUGAGUCUAAAUCUGCAAUCGUGCAUAGUUUUCCCCGAAAAAUCUUAGUAAUAUUUUAUGCAACCAAUUCAAUAACUCAUUACUUUGAUUCUGAACAUAGUAACUGAACGUGAACUACAGAAAAUAUGGUGAAAAUUUUUUGUCUACUUUAAAUUAUCUCACUUGAAAAGUUGGCUGGAUAUGAAAUUGCAGCAUAAAAAAAUUUUAGAAUGACGUAAAAUUUAAAAUUUGCGAGUGUAAAAAACAAAAAAAAAAUAGAAUAUUAGAAUUAAACCUGGCCUUAUAUGAGUGCAAGAGGGUACGCGUGUGUAUUUGUUUAGUACUCGGAGUAUUGAGUUUAGGAAAAAAUGAGUAAGCCAGAAACAGAUUCGGACAGCUCGGAGGAAUUUUUCGAUGCUGAAGAUUCUACGCCUAAUCGUCUGUCCACCUUAAGUCGUAAUUGUAAGCUGUCGCUUGAUAAUGCUCCAGCGCAAGAUGGAUUUAUUUUCCCAGAGCCAGCUGUGCGUGUCAAUCCAUCAUCAGACAGCGAUGCAACGCCAAUAGGUGGUGUCACACCAUCCACAAGCAGCCCAACAAGUAGUUUGAGUUUGGGAACGCGUGGUCCUAAACAAGACAUAUUUGUAGAGCCUAAACCUGUGCAGUUUGGUAGGCAGCGCUUUCACGAAUUGCGUCAAUGCAUGCAAAAUGAUGAAGAUGAUAAUCCUGGAAACACUCUCACACCUGAUUCUCAGAAUAGUUCCACUGAUGGGGUUUUCACAAAUCGCACUACGCAUCCUUUUAAGGUGAUCGAAAAUGAUACUAUGAGUAUACAAAGUAUGACCUCGUUGGGACGCGUUGGACGCAUUUUAGCUGGGAAUAUAGAUCCAUCUGCUUUGAGUAUCGAUCGCGAGUCACUAGCAGCCCAUUCGGCAUCCUCGGCGAAUUCUCAUCAACUGCAGCAGCAGCAACAGCAACAACAGCAAAUGUACUUACAACAUUUGCAACAACAACAGCAACAGCAGCAACAACAACUACAGCAAAAUUUAGGUAUCAUGGCUCCAUCAACUAGCAAUAAUUUGGCUGCCUUGGUUGAGCAACAAAAUGUUGCUGCUGCAGCAGCAGCUGCCGCCGCAACGGCGCCACGUUCUAGUAGUAAUGUUUCACGCAUAUCUACGAAAUAUACCUCAACACCAGCAGCAUCACCAACACACAGUCAAACUUCCACUUCCACAAUUGGCGCUGUUGUGACUGCUGCUGCGGUGACGGCAGUAAAUCGAACAAUUCCUGAUCCUAAAAUAAUAUUUCAAGAGCCUGACGUGAUUGCCAGUACUAAAUUGGCACAUUCGAAAACGACAGACUCGAUUACAUCGAGUGGCCCAAUUGCACCACCUAGACGCAAGAAAAAGUCACGGAAAUCAACCAGUUCUUCGGAUCAAUUAAGUAUGAAUGAAGCCAUGCAAAUGUCUGCUGCACCAGACACUGAAGACACCGAUAGCGAUACUCGUUCGGUGAAGAGUGUGCUUGAUGUGCAACAGAAGUUGCACGACGAUCUUGCUGAAGAAAUUGAACGUUCGUGGCAGGAAAAAAAAUCAUUUGCAAGUGUACAUGCUGUCGGUGGCGCGACUACAGCGGCCCCUAUCGGCACCGCAACAAUAAAUAGUACAUCUUUGCACAUGUCCGUAGGCAGCGGCCGGCCGCAUAGCAUUGGCAUGAAUGCGCUUACUAUGGGUAUUUCGAAUAUUCCAUUAGGACCAUCCAUGACCAUGACCUCUUCAACGGGAGUCGUAACCGCAUCUAUUGCAUCGUUGGCUCAAACAUCUACCUGCAAUACACGCCCAGUUACCACAGCAACUGUUGGUGGUUCUAUAAAUCGUAUUUCACAUUCGUUGGGCAACAGUUCAACAUCGGUUUACUCCAAGCCCAGCCCAUCGAAUUCGGCGAAGAGCAACUCUGCACCCGGACGUGUCAGAUACUUUUAUGCUGCUGGUUUCAUUUACAGCUCCAUUGAUCCUUCACAAGGUCUUAAUCUGUAUAAAGCCACACAAGGUGGCUGUGUGGUAAAGCCACGUGACGAAGCGUGCAAUAAGGCUGAGGGUCCAACACAGGAGGAAAUUAAACGCAUCGAACAAAUUUUAAUGGAUGAUGGUGCACGUCCCAUUUUAGCUGGAACCGGUUCGAAUAGUUUGGGUAGCGGUACAAGGUAUCCAUCACUUGUGUAUCGCUCCAGUAGCGAUAAGGAGCGUCGUAAAUCCGCCGGCGACGAGGAUGUGCUGAAACAAAUGAAUAUUUAUGUGCGCACGCGUACCAGUUCCGGCAAGCAAUUAACUGAUUUUGAAAUACUUAAGCAAGUGCCAGUCAAAAACUUAGAUACUGGCGAGAAUAUGACCUUAUCUGAGGUCCGUUCGCCGCCCGUGCCCGAAGGCUGGAAUCCCUUAUCGCUGCAUAUACUGAAACUCACAUCCCAUUUGGAGGUGAAUCCCAAGGAAUCCGAUGAGGAGAGUGUCAUCGGCAUACCGCCAUGUAGUGAAGGUCAGCCGCCGGAUGAAGAGGAAGGUGAGGCAGAAGAUGGUAGUCGUUUGAAGAAGCGGACGGCACGUUUUAAACGCUUACUCGGUGCGACAGUGCGUAAAACUGUUGACAAAGCAAAAUCGUUGGCAUCUGAGGUAUCGCAUGCACGUCAUAAGGAAGAUGUAGCCGACAUAACAGAUGUGAUGAAUCCCGAAGCGAAUAUAAAAAUUAAAGCCUCAUCAACAAAUAAGGGACCAUAUGAAUUUACGAAAUUGCAACAUGUGCAGGAUUUGUAUGGUGAACACACCGGAGCUGUUUGGUGCAUGAAAUUUAGCUCUUGUGGUCGUCUAUUAGCUACCGCAGGUCAAGACAAAGUGUUACGUAUUUGGGUGUUAAAAGAUGCUUAUCCAUUCUUUCAGGAUAUGCGUACAAAAUAUAAUGCCGAUCAGAAAUCUUCCCCAACACCAUCGCAAGAGUCGCUUGUUUCCCAACACUCAGAAGAGGCGAUCGCUAUGGCAGCCGCCGCGGAGAAAUGCACUGGACCAUUUAUGCCGAAAGCAUUCUGCACUUACAUUGGUCAUACCUCAGACUUAUUGGACGUUUCGUGGUCGAAAAACUAUUUCAUACUCUCUAGCUCUAUGGAUAAGACUGUACGUUUGUGGCAUAUUUCGCGGAAGGAGUGUCUAUGCUGCUUUCAACACAUCGAUUUCGUCACAGCAAUCGCUUUUCAUCCACGCGACGAUCGCUAUUUUCUAAGUGGCAGUUUGGAUGGUAAGCUACGCUUGUGGAAUAUACCCGACAAGAAGGUGGCAUUAUGGAAUGAAGUCGAUGGUCAAACGAAACUAAUUACCGCUGCGAAUUUUUGUCAAAAUGGACAAUUUGCCGUUGUCGGCUCGUAUGAUGGCCGCUGUAUUUUCUACAAUACAGAUCAGUUGAAAUAUCACACCCAAAUACAUGUGCGUUCAACGCGUGGCAAAAAUCGUAUUGGACGUAAAAUAAGUGGCAUAGAACCAAUGCCUGGCGAAGAUAAGAUACUUGUGACGUCCAAUGAUAGUCGCGUACGUUUGUAUGAUUUACGUGAUUUAAAUUUAUCCUGCAAAUAUAAAGGGUAUUUGAAUGUAUCAUCACAAAUUAAAGCGUCAUUUAGUCAUGAUGGAAAGUAUAUUAUUGCUGGUUCCGAAAAUCAAUGCAUAUAUAUAUGGAAAACGAAUCAUGAUUACUCGAAAUUGAGUUCGGUGCGACGUGACCGCAGUGACUUUUGGGAAGGUAUUAAAGCGCACAAUGCCACAGUGACUUGUGCCAUUUUUGCACCACAUCCAGAGGCCAUUAUCAAGUCAGAACCUGACGAAAUUGGACCAAGCGAAAAGCUACCAAACCAUCAGCCAGAUCCGCUUGUCGAGCAGCAUAAAAAGGGAUGUGGGUAUGUAAUGGUCAGCGCCGAUUUCAAUGGUGCCAUUAAAGUGUUUAUCAAUAAAACGAAACCGAAGCAUAGCAGUUUACCCUAUACAGCAAUUGCAGACUAAAAAAAUUUUUUUUUUUAAUAUUUAACGCUGAAUUUAAAAAUUAUUGAUUUAAAGAUAGAAAAAAAAGAAAAGUGAUAUCGAUGAGGUGGAAAGAAGAUAUACUACGUAGCUUAAAACAAAACAUUUCUUUGUCUAAUCAAUAAAAAGACUUAUAAAAUAUAAAUUUUGUGUUUUGGAAAAUUAUUAGAACAAAAAAAAUUGUUUCGGUAUGCCUAUAUAUUCUUAAUGCAAAAUAAAAAAUAAAAAAUAAAAAGUAGAAAAUAAAAACCAAAAAUCAACAACUAUGUAACUGCGCCGCCUCCGAUGAAGGGAAUAUAAAAUUUCUUUUCUACAUUUUACAAUUUGUUAAAAUAAGCACUUCUCCUUACACUGCAAGUAAUUUAGUUGAAUUGUGUAUAAUUUAAAAAUUUCUCAUUUGAUUAACGGAGUAUUAAGUAUUGUAUGUAUGUAUAUGGUAUAUGCUUAUAUUUAUACAACAUUUUUGGCCGCAAUUUAUUCGUAUUCAUCACUGCACUGCGCUGCAAUUGUGUUAUUAUUUUUAUUACCAUUGUAAUUACGAUAUAUGUAAAAUGUAGUUUACACAUACAUAGCUACAUAUUAGCAGUUAAAAUUUAAGUUUCAAUUGACGUCUAGAAUGCUAUGCUACUACUAUUUAGAUAAUACAAUGUAUGUAUUUAUGUAUUAUUAUUUGCGUGGCUGACUAGUCUCGAAGCAAUAAA